AUGAUUCAAGCAAUUUUGGUAGUAAGAAAAUUAAUAGAUUGGCAUUUAAAGAGUUUUAGAAUAGAUACGCUUGAUUUUAUAAAAUUGAAACCUAAUAUCAAUAAAAAUACUAAGGCCUUGAUUGCAUGGCUUGAUGAUUCAUAUAGUGAUGAAUUGAAAUUUAUUGUUUCUAAUACUCAUAUAAUAUAUUUGGAUUUAAGUCAUAAUGAACUAGGUCCAAAAGGGAUGGAAAUAUUUUGGAAUAUAUUAAAAAGUUACUUAUUUUAAAUCAUUAGACUAGUACAAAUUACUAUGAUAGUCUAAUUACAUUAAAUUGAUUAUAUAGUGCUUUAAUUCAAUAUACUGACUUAUAUCAUAUGUGUUUAGAUGGAUUCAAAAUUGGCUAUGAAGAUUAUAAAUUAGCAAUAAAUUAAAAUCAUUAAGGAGUGUAUAAUAUAAGAUUCCAUUAUUUAAGAUAUGCAAAAUUUGAGUUAAUCUCUAUCAUCAUUAUAAUGUCAUCUAACAGAAUUAAAGUUAAAGUAUUGUUUUCUAACCUCAGAAAGUAUAAGUAUAUUGUCUUAAGGAUUGGCAAAUAAUCAAUCUUUGAUUUAUUUGAAUUUACAACACAAUAGUUUACUGAUUUAUCCCCUAAAUGAUAUAAACAAAUAAGAACACAAUCAAUUAAGAAAUGACUUUAUUUAAAUUGAUCAGUGUAGCUUUAAGGAGGAUUAAUGUUUUGAAUUCAUUAAAAUUGGGUUACAAUUCAAUUUCUGA